GCCAAUGAGCGCAUCGGACGUAACAUGGCGCCGGCUCAAAAGGAAAGUCUGGGCCCGCGAAGAGCGAGAUUAUUUCACUCGGUGAGGCCGCCAAGAUGGGAUCGUGCUCGCCGCUGCUGCUGCUGCUGCUGCUCCUCGCCGGCACCGCUCGGUGCCAGCGCAAGGACCAGAACGUGUGCCGGAAGGACAACGGUCUGUUCGAGCACGAGCAGUACUGCGACUACUACUACGAGUGCGAGGACGGCGUGCCCACGCUGCAGCUGUGUCCUAACGGCCUGGCCUUCUCGGGCAAGAACCGCGGCCUCCUCAACAACUGCGACUACCCGCACAGAGUGGGCUGUCCCGACGACGACGGGCGCGUGAUGGGCCAGAGCCCCCAGAGCAGCGAGAACUGCCACUGGCAGUACGGCGUGUUCGCUCACCAGACGAGCUGCACCCGCUACUGGCAGUGCUGGAACGGCACGGCCACCAUCCAGCAGUGCCCGUUCUCUCUGCUCUACAAUGACGUGAUGCACGCCUGCGACUGGCCAGACAACGUGCCCGACUGCCAGAAGCACCCCAUCUGCAAGGACAACCCCAACGGCCACAUCCCGAUCGAGAAGAGUUGCGUCCGCUACUGGCUCUGCGUGGGCGGAUACCCGCGGCUGCAGCGCUGUCCCGCGGGGCUCGCCUUCAGCCCGACCGCGCUGCGCUGCGAGCUCACCGACAACGUGCCCGGCUGCGAACUUCCGCCGACCACGCCGCCACCGGAGGAGGCCGAAGAGCGGCCCCAGCAGCAGAGGCCUCGGCCACAACAGCAAGCCGCCAGACCGGCACCGCCACAGUCUGCUCCCAGUGGCCAGCGGCGAUUCAGCCCACCACCCCAAUCGGUGCCUGCCCUGGCUCAGGCUUCCCCAAUUGCAGACCAGGAUGACGACUACUCCGAUGCUGGGCAGAAUCGGGCACAGGGCGUGGUGCGCAGGCCAGCCUCAUUCAGGCAGGCAGUGCCAGCUUCCAACGGGAAGUAAGGCUCUUGACUGGGAACCACCCAAACCAUGCUUCCUCAAUUUGACCAGCACGCUAGACUUGGCCAGCCACCUUAAAUUGGUACCAUCUAGUCUUGCCCAAUUACAUUCCCAUCAUGGUGCAAGCCAGCCAGCAGCACAACGCUUGGAGUGCACACCGUCGAGCUGCAGCCUCGAGAGAGCUUCAACCCGCUACUGCCAUCGGAUGGCUGCCUGCCUUGCUGCCCACCCUUUCACUGAGAAUAAAAACAGUACUGGCCAUUUUCCUGUCCCAA